GCGGCCGCUCCCGCCACCCGGAGCCGCCGGCGCUGAAGCCGGAGCCGGAGCCGGAGCCGACCCGCCGGCCGGGCCUGCCCUCCCUCCCUCCGUCCCUCCCUUCCCCUUCCCCUCCGCCCGCCAUGGCCGAGCCGGCGGCCGCGGGGGUCUCGUCGUUGCCCCGCGAGGUUCGCGAGCAGCUGGCCGAGCUGGAGCUGGAGCUGUCGGAAGGGGACAUCACACAGAAGGGGUAUGAGAAGAAGAGAGCAAAGCUUCUGGCUCCGUAUGUCCCACAAACCCAAGGGGCUGAUCCAGCAUUACAGAAGGAAUCCAGAACUCAGAUGCCUGUUCCAUCUGCAGCUCCAGCCUCAGCAGCAGCAGCAUCAUCAUCAUCCUCAUCCAAAUUUCACCGAGCUCGCUCAGGGGGAGCCAGAGAUGAACGCUAUCGAUCUGAUAUCCACACGGAAGCAGUUCAGGCAGCACUGGCCAAGCACAAGGAGCAGAAGAUGGCCCUGCCCAUGCCAACCAAGAGGCGCUCCACCUUUGUGCAGUCUCCAGCUGAUGCCUGCACCCCCCCAGACACGUCUUCCGCAUCCGAGGACGAGGGGUCGCUAAGGCGCCAAGCUGCUCUUUCUGCUGCAUUGCAUCAGAGCUUACAGAAUGCUGAGUCUUGGAUCAACCGAUCUAUUCAGGGGUCAUCCACAUCUUCAUCAGCAUCUUCUACACUUUCCCAUGGAGAAGGCAAAGGGACCAGUGGGUCACUAGCUGAUGUAUUUGCCAAUACUCGAAUAGAAAGUUUCUCAGUUCCCCCAGAUGUCACAGCAACUACCUCCUCCUCCUCCUCUUCCUCCACGCGCCCCGCAGCGAUUGACCUUCCUCCUUCAGGGAUUGUGAAGGGAAUGCACAAGGGAUCCAAUCGCUCCAGCCUCAUGGAUACUGCUGAUGGUGUUCCUGUGAGUAGUAGAGUCUCCACGAAAAUUCAGCAGUUGCUUAACACCUUGAAAAGACCUAAAAGACCACCCCUGAAAGAGUUCUUUGUGGAUGAUUUUGAAGAGAUUGUGGAAGUUCCCCAGCCUGACCCAAACCAGCCCAAGCCAGAGGGACGCCAGAUGACACCAGUGAAGGGAGAGCCCCUGGGGGUGGUUUGUAACUGGCCUCCUGCCUUAGAAGCCGCUCUGCAGCGCUGGGGAACCACGCAAGCCAAAUGCCCCUGUCUGACAGCACUGGAUGUUACAGGAAAACCAGUUUAUACCCUCACGUAUGGCAAAUUGUGGAGCAGAAGCCUCAAGCUGGCCUACACACUGCUUAAUAAACUGGGGACCAAAAAUGAACCCGUCUUAAAACCUGGAGAUAGGGUAGCCCUGGUUUAUCCCAACAAUGACCCAGUCAUGUUCAUGGUGGCAUUUUAUGGCUGUCUCCUGGCAGAAGUCAUUCCAGUGCCUAUAGAGGAUGCUGGAGGUCAGCAGAUUGGCUUUCUCCUGGGAAGCUGUGGUAUUGCUUUGGCCCUCACCACUGAAGUUUGUCUGAAGGGGCUUCCAAAAACCCAAAAUGGAGAAAUUGUGCAGUUUAAAGGUUGGCCCAGACUCAAAUGGGUUGUGACAGAUUCAAAAUAUCUCUCCAAAUCUCCUAAGGACUGGCAGCCCAACAUCUCAGCUGCAGGAACUGAGCCAGCAUAUAUUGAGUACAAGACCAGCAAAGAGGGCAGUGUCAUGGGGGUCACCGUGUCCCGGGUUGCCAUGCUGUCCCACUGCCAAGCCUUGUCCCAGGCCUGCAACUAUUCUGAAGGUGAAACGAUAGUGAAUGUGUUGGACUUCAAGAAGGAUGCAGGGCUGUGGCAUGGAAUUCUGACGAAUGUAAUGAACAAGCUCCAUACUAUCAGUGUGCCCUACUCUGUGAUGAAAACCUGUCCCCUCUCCUGGGUGCAGAGAGUUCAUGCCCACAAAGCAAAAGUUGCUUUAGUCAAGUGUCGAGACUUGCACUGGGCCAUGAUGGCCCAUCGAGACCAAAGAGAUGUCACCCUGAGCUCCCUGAGGAUGCUGAUUGUCACUGAUGGUGCAAAUCCUUGGUCUGUUUCCUCGUGUGAUGCCUUCCUGAGCUUGUUUCAGAGCCAUGGGCUUAAACCAGAGGCAAUUUGUCCCUGUGCCACCUCUCCAGAGGCGAUGACUAUCGCGAUACGGAGGCCUGGGGUUCCUGGGGCACCUUUGCCUGGAAGAGCCAUCCUGUCCAUGAACGGGCUGAGCUUUGGGGUGAUUCGUGUCAACACUGAAGACAAAAACUCUGCUCUCACUGUCCAGGACGUUGGCCACGUGAUGCCAGGAGGAAUGAUGUGCAUAGUGAAACCUGAUGGGCCACCUCAGCUCUGUAAAACUGAUGAGAUUGGGGAAAUCUGUGUUAGCUCCAGAGCAGGAGGGAUGAUGUAUUAUGGGCUGGCAGGCGUGACAAAGAAUACAUUUGAGGUGAUCCCUGUGACCUCGGCUGGCUCUCCAGUGGGGGAGGUUCCCUUCGUGCGUUCCGGCUUGCUGGGUUUUGUUGGACCAGGCAGCCUGGUGUUUGUGGUGGGGAAGAUGGAUGGGCUGCUGACCGUGAGCGGCCGCCGGCACAACGCCGACGACAUCGUGGCGACUGGCCUGGCAGUAGAGUCCAUAAAAACAGUCUACAGAGGGAGGAUUGCUGUGUUCUCAGUGUCUGUCUUCUAUGAUGAGAGGAUCGUGGUGGUGGCAGAGCAGAGGCCAGAUGCCUCUGAGGAGGACAGUUUUCAGUGGAUGAGCCGAGUGCUGCAGGCAAUUGACAGCAUUCACCAAGUGGGUGUUUACUGCCUUGCUCUUGUACCAGCCAACACGUUGCCAAAAACUCCCUUGGGAGGGAUCCAUAUCUCUCAAACUAAGCAGCACUUUCUGGAGGGCUCCCUGCAUCCCUGCAACAUCCUCAUGUGCCCACACACGUGUGUGACCAACCUGCCAAAACCCAGGCAGAAACAACCAGGUGUUGGCCCUGCCUCUGUGAUGGUGGGGAACCUGGUUGCUGGGAAGCGUAUUGCUCAGGCCUCUGGGAGAGAUCUUGGUCAAAUAGAAGACAAUGAUUUAGUUAAAAAGCACCAGUUCCUGACAGAGGUGUUGCAGUGGAGAGCUCAAGCAACCCCUGACCACCCACUCUUCCUCUUACUAAAUGCCAAGGGAACCACUGUGUGCACAGCCACCUGCCUUCAGCUGCACAAAAAAGCUGAGAGAAUUGCAUCAGUUCUGUGUGACAAAGGACAUCUCAAUGCAGGAGACAACGUGGUGCUUCUUUAUCCUCCUGGCAUUGAGCUGAUCUCGGCCUUCUAUGGGUGCUUGUACGCCGGCUGCGUCCCCGUCACCGUCAGACCUCCCCACGCCCAGAGCCUCAGUGCCACCCUGCCCACCGUGCGCAUGAUCGUGGAGGUCAGCAAAGCUGCCUGUAUCCUCACCACACAGACCUUGAUGAGGCUGCUGAGAUCCAGGGAGGCAGCUGCUGCUGUGGAUGUGAAAACCUGGCCAACCAUCAUUGACACAGAUGACUUGCCCAGGAAGAGGCUGUCUCAGAUCUACAAGCCACCUACACCUGAAAUGUUAGCAUAUCUAGAUUUUAGUGUUUCCACAACAGGAAUGCUCACAGGAGUAAAGAUGUCCCACGCAGCAGUGAGUGGCCUCUGCAGGGCAAUCAAGCUGCAGUGUGAGCUCUACUCCUCCCGGCAGAUCGCGAUUUGUCUCGACCCCUAUUGUGGACUAGGCUUUGUGCUCUGGUGCCUUUGCAGUGUGUAUUCUGGACACCAGUCAAUUUUAAUUCCUCCUAUGGAGCUGGAAUCCAAUCUUUUUCUCUGGUUAUCUACUGUCAGCCAGUAUAAAAUAAGGGACACUUUCUGUUCCUAUUCAGUCAUGGAACUGUGCACAAAGGGACUUGGAAACCAAGUUGAAAUGUUAAAGGCACGAGGAAUCAACCUGUCCUGUGUCCGGACCUGCGUGGUGGUGGCAGAGGAGAGGCCCCGGGUUUCCCUCACUCAUUCCUUCUCCAAACUCUUCAAGGACAUUGGUCUGUCCUCCCGUGCUGUGAGCACCACCUUCGGGUCAAGAGUCAACGUUGCCAUCUGUCUGCAGGGAACAUCUGGACCUGAUCCCACCACGGUGUAUGUGGAUCUGAAGUCCUUGAGACAUGACAGGGUACGUCUGGUGGAAAGGGGAGCUCCACAAAGCCUGCUGCUGUCAGAGUCUGGGAAGAUUCUACCUGGAGUAAAAGUAGUCAUUGUAAAUCCUGAGACAAAAGGGCCUCUUGGAGAUUCUCAUCUUGGGGAGAUCUGGGUGAACAGCCCCCACACAGCCAGUGGCUACUACACCAUCUAUGACAACGAGACCCUCCAGGCUGAUCAUUUCAACACCAGGCUGAGCUUUGGGGACGCUGCCCAGACCCUCUGGGCUCGCACUGGGUACCUGGGCUUUGUCCGUCGGACGGAGCUCACGGCCGCCAGCGGAGAGCGCCACGAUGCCCUGUAUGUUGUUGGAGCCCUGGAUGAGACCCUGGAGCUGAGGGGCCUGCGCUACCACCCCAUCGACAUCGAGACUUCAGUCUCCAGAACACACAGGAGCAUUGCUGAAUGUGCUGUGUUCACGUGGACCAACUUGCUCGUGGUGGUGGUGGAGCUGUGUGGCUGUGAACAGGAAGCCCUGGAUUUGGUUCCUCUAGUUACAAACGUGGUCCUGGAAGAACAUUACCUGAUCGUGGGGGUGGUGGUGGUGGUGGAUCCUGGAGUCAUUCCCAUCAAUUCCAGAGGAGAGAAGCAACGAAUGCAUCUCCGGGACAGUUUCCUAGCUGAUCAGUUAGACCCCAUCUAUGUGGCCUAUAACAUGUAACAGAGGGGGGAAAAAGGUGCUGAGAAACUUGGUGGGACCACUACCUGACCCAGGGUGGCUGUAGAAGUGAAGCUGGUGAAAAUGACUAAUACUUGAGACAAGGUUUGAGAUUGCUGCCAUCACUCCCUUCAUCUCAUCCCGUGGUGUUCAGGUCACACUCAGUAACUCCCAAGGGACAAGAGGAGACGUGGCAGGCAAUGGAAAACAGUUGUAACAGUUUACUGAAAUAUUAGCUUUAUAGAAAAUGCAAAGUUUGGCAAGUGUGUGAGCUACAAAAUUCCUAAGGCCUUUACAGUAGUGUUACUUUUUUUCAGCUGUUGUACAUAUUUGUAUUUUUAUCUAAUACUGUUUUAGGAUUCUAUAAGGGGGGAGGGUUUAUUUAGUUAAGAUAAUAAACUAUUAAGAAAAGGGUCAUCAAGAGUUCUUCAGUUCCCUGCUAUAUAACGUGCUUGGCAUCUGUACUGGAGCUCUUCAUCCCAUGGAAUCACACAACUUAUUUAAAAUUGUGCCAUGACCAAAUCAAUAACUUAGGGAAUCUAAGAGCUACUUAUUCAUAUAGAUAUUUCUUGAAUUUAAAAAGAAUUUUGCCUAUAUUUUAAAUAUGUAAAUAUGAUUAUACAUAAUUCACUUAGAUAGAAAAUUAACUUGGAUAAUGAUGACAGCUGAAGGCAGAAGUUUUUAAGGAUGAGUAACUUUUGUGGUCCUGAGCAUAAUGACAUUGGUCAGGCAGUGGAGGGGAGGUGCAGACAUCUUCCACCAGUUCCCUUGCUCCAGUUUGCAGUCUUCCCUGGCUGGCCAGAAGUGUGUCACAGCCUGUGGGAACCUGGGAUUUGAAGGCACAUCCUUCUGAGAGAGGCUGAGUUCAAGCAGUUGACGUGGAGUUUGGUAGGAGGGCAGGUCCAACAUGCUCAGCUGAAAUGCUGCCCCUGAGGGGCAGUCUCUGCCCCCACCCUCUGGGACACCUCCUGUUUGAGGAAACAGAAGAUCCCUCAGGUUGACACACAGGUCAAGUCACAGUUUGUGCAGUUCAGUCACUAAUCCCUUCAGUUCCCCUUUGGUAGAGCAAGAAAUACUGUAAAUAAAGGCUUCAGGGUCAACUGGGAGGCAACAACCCAGGUUUCCUCAACACAUUCACUAGAAAGAAGGAGGUAAUUCUGGGGUUGAAGUUGGAUGCAUUUAUUUUAUUUUAUUUUAUUUUAUUUUAUUUUAUUUUAUUUUUUGGCAGGAGGAGACAGAAAACCCAGACAGAGCAGUUCUGGGAAACACAUCGUUAAAUAACUGUGACAAUUAAUCUCCCAGCUUUCCAAAUCCUGUGUCAGCUUCGUGUAAAUAGAAAGGAGCAGAAGCCUUAAGAGCAGCAGGUAGGAGCUCUUGCUGAUAGGAAGCAAUUGCACACUGGGCUGAGGGAGAGAGGGUGUUUGUUUUGACUCAGAAUUACCUUUCUUGCACCUAAUCAUCUGUUGAGAGCAAUUAAAUACCUCUGAGUGUUAAGAAAGACAUGAUUUUGGAAGCCAUGAGAGCUGAGAGCAGAUGCUGCCACAGGGCUUUUUGAGUCAAAGGUGGCACAGAGUGUAAAGAAACUUCCUGUUAAAAUGUUCAGGUUACCUCAUUGAAAGUUUUAGGCAGUUUUGGAAAGGUUUCUAGUCUGAACUCUGAAGAUCCUGUGGCAGUUGUUGGAGCAGAGCCCAGUGUGUCUGUCAGCAAAGCCCAGCUGUGUCCUUGAAGAAGAAACAAACCCUGGUGCAUUUUGUUAGUUCUUCACUUGAAGACAAAAGUAGCAAGAUUCAGAGAAGUUCCAGAUGAUAUUUUUUAAAAAUAUUGGGGGGGGGAGAAUAGGUGUAGAAGCUGGAAGUUGUGAUGAUUAAGUCUAGAGGUGAAUUUCUUUCCAAAUGCUUGAGUUCCCAGGUGCAGGUUUUGGAGCAGCCCCUGUAUCCCCUGCAGCAGCAGCACCACAGGCUCCUGGUGUUGGUGCUGCUGGGGUGUGAGGGGUGGGUCUGUAGCACUUGGGGGGGGCCUGGCUGGCUGCUGAGGAUGUGCCCCCCCAAAAGCCUCGUGCAGGGAAUCUUGAAUGAAUUCAGUUCUAACACACUGGCCAGGGAGUGAGAAGGGUCACUGUGCCUGCCAGAGCUGGUCUGGCCAGGAUGAAGCCCACACCAAGACCCUGCCACUUCCUUAGGGUGUCCAAGUGCCCAGAAGUGCUGCUUCUCCCUUUUCAGCUGGCAAAGUCUUGUCACUCCACAUUCUGCAUCCCUAUCUUGGAGGUUUUCUUGCACAGCCAAGUGCCCUGCAGAGCCUUCCUUCCUUGUUGCCCAUUUCAGAAAACCCUUCUGAUGCUCUCAAUCUGUUUCAUACUCAAAGCUUUAGAUGAGUAACUUCCACAAAGACCUUAUUUGAAGGGGAUUUUGAGUACAAUUCUAGGAUUGCCUUUUAUUUUCACUUGGAAUUUCUGAGAAAUAAAAAAAGCAGGUGUUGAUUGGAUCAGAGAUCCCCAGUCUGUGGCAGAUGGGCUUUCUGAAGUGGCACCUUUGGGUGGCAUCCUGGAUUCUUUUGGUUUGUUUUCCUUGUUUUUCAGUUGGUACCAAUAGCUUCUUAGGGUUUGGGGUUUUCAUCCUGCAGGUUUACUGUGUGCUCUGGUUCUUUACUCCCACCUGCUCCAUCUCUCUUGUGUUGGAGAACUGUAGGUCUACAACCCUGCCCAUAGAAUGGGAGCCCCCUCUGCUCCUGGUGGCAGCAGCAGCUGGUCUGAUGUUCUCCAGAGCUUUUCCCCAUGUUGGGCAGAGUGAAAAGUGCUGGAGAGGGGGAAGCAGGGAGCUGGGAAUCUGGGAACCCCCCCAUUUCCAACUCCAUCUCUGCUGAGAUGCCACCAGGCCUUCCACAGGUCACUUCACCCCUUCAGUUUCUUCCUCUGUAGAUGAGGACAUGAUCUCAUCCUCACAACACCCCUGUGAGGUCACUAACUGUACAGCACUAAGUGCUACGUGUUUUUCUUUGCCUCUUGGAGGUUGGGCUCAGUGUGUCCUUCCAGGCUGAGCUGUGAUGCCCUGGUGGUGGCAGGGGGGGCUGUCAGAAGACGUGGCUGUUGCUCUUUGCUUGGUUUCCUUCCAUCCAAGAACAACCUGGACACUCCAGAGAACAGGCAGGGCCACUGAUGUUGCAGGUUCAGGGCUGGAUCCUUUUCCCCUGAAUCCAGUGCUGGGUCCUGGGCAGCAGAGUCUCCCCACGUGCCCCAUUUUGACUUUGCAGCUUCUCCAGUGGCAGAAAUUCAAUGGUUUCCUGCUGCUGUCCCAUCAGAUCCCCAGCCCAACAGCUGCAACUUCACAACUUUAGGAAUUCUUUAAGGCUUUGAACUAAAACAUUUGGUUAGGUCUUGCUGUUGGUGACUUGUUCCCUGAGCAGAGUAGGUGGCUGCAGGUUAAUUCAAGUCCUGGUUUGUUAAAAUAUUGCACUGCAUUUCUGAUUUAAAUAAAGUGUAAUUCAGAUGUGUCACACUAACUGUCCUCAAGAGAAGGUUGUAAAAACGAGGUGAAUUUCAGCCCUCAAUGCAAUGUUGUUUUUUUUCCCCUUUAGUUUCUGUCAACCUCUUUCCCAUUGUCCAACCCAGACUCCAGCGUUAUGUAAUUAUGUAUAAAGUUUUUAUUUAUUUAAAAUUAGAUUAGAGAAUCCAUUUUUAAAGUUAACACCUGGCUGGACAGUGUUCCAUUAACGCAUUGAUUGUGUUUCCUUUGUCUUGUGUUAAUAAUAAAUAUUGAUGCCUGGUU